AUGACAUCCUUACUGAAUAGCACAACAAUAGCAUCAUCUACGACACCAUUACCACAACCUCCACAACAACAACAACAUCAACAACAACAACAACAACAACAGCAGCAGCAGCAACAACAACAGCAGCAACAUCAUCAUCAUCAGCAGCAGCAGCAGAGUAAAGAUAACAGCAAUGAAAAUGACAACAAUGAGUUUGACAAUUUGUUGGACAUUUUUUCAGCAGACAUGGAUUUUGAACAAGCUUUCUCAAUGUAUAAUGACUUGCAACAAAAGAAUGCAAUCGGAUCAUUUGAAGAAUUAUCAAAAGUUCAAAUGCUAAAUUCACAAUAUACAAGCAAUUUAUCAACAAAUUCAAAUCAGCCACAAUACCAGCCUCACCACAACCAAGUCUAUCAUCACCAUACACAGCAACCAUUGCACCAACAGCAGCAUCCACUUUCUCAACAUUUAAGUGAUGACGAGUUUGCUCGUUCUCGACAACAGAUUUUGAAUGGAGGAAUUCCUCCUGCUUCUGACUUGCCUUCACCACCACUUCCCAACUCUUCUUCAUCGAUCCAUGCACAUAACCAAUACCAUUCACAGCAGCAACAACAACAACAACAACAACAACAACAACAACAACAAGAACAACAACAGUUACACCAAUCGCAUUUGCUGCGGUCGCUGCAUGUUCAAACAGCUCUUGGCACCAGUGAUUAUAUACAUAGUGGGCAAGAUGCGAUGCAGGAAGAUGCCAUUGAAGAAGAGGAUGACUUUGACCAAUUUUUUACAACAACAGAGUCAAAUGCUUUAGAAAAGUUUUUAGACAACUUGGCUAAUCCAAAUUCAUCAGGCGAUCCUUUACAAUUUUACAAUAGCACCAACAAUCCAUUGAACGGAAACAGCAGUGGUCAUUUGCAUCACAGAAAGCCACUAGAUCUUGAAUUCAACUUUGAAAUGCACACAAUGAAAGUACCGUCACAUUUGAGGAGUCAAAAUAGUCCAAAUAACAACAACAACAACAACAACAUUAAUGCUAAUAGUAAUAAUAAUAUUGCAACGUCUCCGAAAUAUAUGUUGUUGCAACAACAGCAGAUACAUCCACAAUUUAUGGAAAACAAUAGCAAUAACCAUAUCCAUCUCCAACAGUUCCAACAACAGCAGCAGCAACAGCAACAACAACAACAACAACAACAACAUUAUGUACCUCCACUUAUGAGUCAGCAGUUUGACCAACCAUUACAACAACAAAACAAUGAUAUUCACUUUCACUCAACCAUUCAACCGCAAUCACUUCCCUCGCCACCUUCAAGCGACUACAAGCAUAAUCCAGUCAAUCUCAAAAGAGAGCUUACUGAGGCAUUUGCUCCCUCAGUAGGAGAAAGUAAUCUUCCAAACUCAAUCAACACAACAACAUUGUCAAAAACUUCAUUAAAGCAACUCAUAACUCCUCCAACCUCAGGCGACGAAGGAAAGAAGCAGGGAAACGAAAAUGAAAAUGAAAACAAAAAUAAAAAUGGAGAAAAGGAAAACCUGCUAAGGAAAGAGGCAGAUGCAGCAGAUAAUGCAGAAGAAGAGGACGAGGAUGCGGUUGAUGGAAGUAGUGAAGAAAGCAGUAGAUACUCAACGUCAUUAGACAAAUCUGAGUCGGUAAAUUCCCGAUCAUCUUCUAAAUCCAGUUCACCAAAUCAGAAUGGGGAGGAACCACAGAAGAAGAGACGAAGAUCAUCAAAUAAGCCUUUGUUAUCAUUAGAACAGAAAAGACAAAACCACUCUUACUCAGAACAGAAGAGACGCCAGUUGUGUAAAAUUGCGUACCAACGUUGUCUUGAGAGGAUUAUUGAUCUCGAAGCGUUUAGCAAAUUACCCGAAAUGGACGAGGCAGAAAGGAAAUCCAAAAGAGCAAGAGUCAAUAAAGAAGGUUUGCCUAAUUUAUCGAAACAUAGUGCCUUGGUGAGAAUAAGUAAUGAAAUGGAAACAAUCAUAGGCUUGAACAACCAAUUAAAGAAGUUGCUCAACAUGUGA